AUGGCAACCACUCAGCAUUACAUGUGGGCCGCUGGCCACUUCAUCCUCUUGCUAGCAUCGCUGCGCUACUUUCUGGCUGUGGUCAUGUUCAGGGGCGUGUCUCCGUGGUGGUAUAAGUUGAGUUUCCUCGGCGCGAUUGCCAGCUAUGCAAUUGUUUGCAAAAAGUCUCUAGGAACCCCGCAGCCAAAUCUUGAGUGGCUGAACCGAGCAUUGGCCGAUGAGAACGUACAGUACUUGUUACUCGCUUUCUUCUGGUGGACUUCAAAGCCAAUCACUCUCGCUUUGGUGCCAUUUGCCAUCUUCUCCCUCUUCCAUGCCCUGACGUUCACCCGCACGACCUUGAUGUCUCAAUUUCUUCCACCAGGCCCACCGGCUACCGCUGGUGGACCACCUACACCCCAUCCUUUGGCAAAGAAGUUGCAACUUUGGGUGAAAGCGAACUAUGACACUGCUAUGAAGGCUGUUGCUUUCACUGAGUUGCUCAUCAUGCUCCGUAUCACUCUGGGUGCUCUGACUUUCCAAAACUCAUUACUGUCUCCUUUGAUUUAUGCGCAUUUCUUACGCACUCGGUACUACCAGUCCAAGUUCACGCAGAACGCCAUUGCAGUUGUGACCGCCCGCGUAGAGGACUACGUUCGCAAGCCGGGUGUGCCGCCGAUGGUCGUAAUGGUCUGGGACAAGUUCAAAAUGAUCACUUCGCGUUGGGCGGGAUCUGUUCUGGCGCCUCAGAACGGUGCAAGGAGGCAGUGA